CAUUUGUUGAUUUGGACUCCUUUAACCUGGGCGUGGCCAAUUGCCUACGUCGUGCUGAACCGUUAGUGUUGACGACCUCACUAGCUCCAUUGGGGGCUUUUGGUCCUUUUCCCACGCUGCGGCCAUUCCAGCAGAGAACGACAUGUGCCGGGUUACGCUUGAAAGGCAAAGACUUUGAGUUAACACUACUGCAAGCUAUCGCCCGCCCUAUUAAGCUUGCCAGCAGAAGCGGAAAUCCUGGUUGAACCGAGGACGCUAAUCAGGGUUAGGACGCCAAUCAGAGUUUUAACCCCUUUUUGGAGCGUAGCGGCAUUUUCCUGGUUGAGCUUCGACGGCAAGCCACUAAUGAAGCGAGAAUUCGCUUCCGGCCUUUGCCGGCGAAGCUGCCUUGUGCUCCUGCUUCUCCUCCCAAUAAGCAGCGCUCUUGGGUAUCCUGAUUUACUACCUCUGCCACCUCCAUCCUGUUUCUGCAAUUACAGCGCUUUGUAUCUUCCGGACCUCGUUGCGCCCCACGCCUACGACAUCUUCCUUGACAUUCACUUUAACCCCCAUCCCGCCAACAAAGGCAUCAAUAAAAUUGAUGAGUAUGUGACUGGCUACGCCAAUGUCAGUGUCAGCGUCGCCAUGCCGACUCAAUGCCUCAUUAUUAAUUCGUCACCGGAAAUGAAUAUCAGCUCUGUUACCUACUUUUGGAAGGGCAAGCAGUACAAGGGCACGGCGCAGGCGACCAACCCUGUGUCGCUUCAAACAGUACUCCGCUUUAAUGAAGUCCUGCAAAGUACGACAGGUGGAAAUGUUCCAAUGGGGGCUACAGCUAAGGCAGGUUUGGCCGCCUCUCCCUACGGCCUUCUCAACUUGGAAUUUUCAUACCGUUUAAGUGAGAACUCUGAUGGCCUUUCUAAGACCCUCUACAAAGAUGCCUUGGGAACGCAUGCCAUUGUGGCUACCCAGUUCGACCCAGUCGCAGCCCGGAAGGCCUUCCCAUGCUUUGACGAGCCGAGGUUCAAGACGCCCUUCCGUAUCUCCGUUGUCGCCCCAAGGCUUGACUCCGAUCAAACUCAGCUGGCCACCAUUUCGAACACUAAAUGGGCCAAGCGCACCGUGCUCGGCAAUGGCAUGCGCUUGCGCACCGACUUCACGCCCACCCCGCCCCUGAGCACGUUCUCCGUGGGCAUCCUCGUGGGACGUCUGGAGGAGAAGGAGAUGACAUGCGACGUGCCGCCCCUGGAAAGUCCGGUUAUAAUUCGCGGCUGGGCAGGAAGCGAGAAGAUCGGCCUGUUCGACCUAGGUCUCCAAGCGGCGUGCCAUUCUCUGGCUACCUUCACCUCCAUCUUCAACGUUAGCUACCCCCUACCGGAGCUUAAUCUAGUUGCGUUGCCUGAACUGGCAACUGGCGGCAUGAUUGGGUUGGGAUUUAUCCUGUUCAAGCAGGACUUAAUUGUAGCGGACCCCUCCACAGCUGUUUUCAACGUCGCAAAGGCACCAAUCUUUAUGACUGCGCAGGGAGUCGCGUCGCAGUGGAUUGGAAGCAUGGUCACCAUGUCCGAUUGGCGUGACAUGUGGAUCAGGGAUGGCUUAGUGGUAUACUUGGGGAAUCUCGCGACGGGCACUUUUGCGCCGGCGCUUGCCACAUGGCAAGCAAACUACAACUUUAUGCCCUUUCGGGCGUUUAGAGCAGACGACAGCCCGGACUCGAGACCCCUUAGCGGCAGCGAGGAGGAGAAGACGCAUUACACGUCGCUGCUUGAUAUGACUAACUUGCCAGUUGAAAUUGCCAAUUAUAAGGGCUUCUGCCUGCUCCGCAUGCUCCGCGCCUACCUCAAUGGCAGGGGAGAGCAGCAGGGGGCAGCGUCAGUCCUGGGCAACGGCGACCCGCAAAUCAUGCGACGCCGGAGCGUGCAGCAGCAGCAGCAGGAGGCCGAGGUGACUUCCGAAGAGCAAGAGCCCGACCUAGCUAAGGAGGCCGAGUGGGCUGAGGAGGCAGAGCUGCCUGUGCUACCUGAGCGCCAGCAGCAGCAAGAUCAGUCGCUGAAUGUCCGCGGCAAGCUGACUUCGUCUCAGUACGGACCCAUGGGUCAACCGCGCAUGCGACAGGCGCAGCAGCAGCAGGGCCUUCGGCAUCAACGGUUUCAGCAUCAGCUAAAAGUGCCAGGAGGAGAAGUAGAGGUCACGGCUGCAGUCAACACCCGUAGGAGCCGGAGUCUGCUAGGAAUCAGACGUGUUGCCAGGAAGUUGCUAGCUAGAAGCACCACUGCCGCCACAACCGCUGCGACAACCACUAGCGAGGCAACCUUAGCAGCGGCAGAUGAAGCUGUGGAUCCUUUCUUUGCAGCCCUUCGUGUGUACGUCAAGGAGAAUCUGUACGGCAGCGUAACUCCCCAGACGUUGUGGGAGGCCAUGUCGCGUGCAACUGGCCUUGACAUUUCAACCUGGAUGUACGACUGGACGUACUCGGCCAACUUCCCGGUCGUCGAGGUUUCCCUUUCAACUAACGCGACUGGAACCAUUGUGCAUGUCGAUGGAUCGUCUUCGUCAGCAGAGCCCGAUGCGGCUCUCACCUAUUUGAACUUCAAGCAGAUGGAGAUAACCGACGGCGGGAAGAAGUGGUGGAUUCCAAUUAGCUACCGGCUGCCGGACGCAUCCGGCAUCGAGUGGCUUCAAUCGGACCAUGAGGACGCGGUUUCAGUACCACUCACCGCCGAGCUUCUACACGGCUCUAAUGCCGUACCUCCGUACGUCCUCGUCAACCCGGGCCGGUACGGACACUACCGAGUGAACUACGACCCAUCGCUCUGGGCUGCAUUGGCUAAGGCGGCUGUGAACACCUCGGCUAUCCCGUCCGGCGACCUGGCCGCCAUGAUUGCGGAUGCCAGUGACCUGAGCUGGUACGGUUUUGCAACACCGCCGGAAGUAUUUUUUCAACUGGUUUCAAGCCUGGGUGCACGACAACAGCCCGAGUACGAUGCACAGUGGCACACCACAUCAAUGCUCACCUUCUUGCUAAACAUGUUGGAUUCUUGGACACUUCUUCCGGAAAACAACACUCAGCCGGGGUUUGGUGGCGACUACUUCCGGAAGUGUACUCGUAACCUGGCAACAUUUGCCCGGGAUAAGAUAGCAAUUCCUCUCCUCGUCAACAUGAGUAUACCCACCAACUCGAGCAGUGGCGGCGGCACGAAGCGCGUCGGGCUAAGCUUCUCCUCAGUGGAUCUUCACCCCCAGGACUCGGCUCAUUCCCAGCUGCGCAUGAGCGCUCCCCCACUGAUAGAACUUGCUGCUAUAACUAUGGUUGCUGCCGCCAAGGAUAAGCCCGCACAAUUGCAAAAACUGUGGGAGCAAGAGCCAUUCAAGGAGGCUUACAGCCUGAGGCCGCGGCUUGGUGGCAAGCGCUCCCCUGCUCAUGCGGACAUGCGCCGCACAGUCUACUUGACCAACAUCCUCGGUAAUCGCGGGAAUAUCUGGGAAGUCACAAAGAAGCUCUACAUGGCGGAGAAGGACCCCGCAGAGAGGAGCGGCCUGCUACUGGCCUUGGCUCAUUCCCCCACUGUGGCAAACAUUCGUAAGGCCCUCAAUCUCACUCUGAGUAUGCCACGUGAAGACGUAGAGAUGUUAAUCAGUACGAUGGGGGAUCUUGGCGGCAUCCAAGUGGCUGAAAUCUGGAACUUUGUACGACAACCUGAGAACAUCGACCGCCUGCUUGCCUUGUACGGAGCUGACAGCACGGAUGCGAGCAACGCUAGCAGUUUGGGUCAAACCCUGCAAACGCUGUUUGGGCAUUUCCCAGAUGACAGUCGCGCUGCCGAGAUUGUGGCAUGGGCCGCCAAGUACCCGGGGCUUAUGGAUUCGGACAUUGAGUGGUGGCUCCAGCAAUCCGUGGAAUACAACCAACAAACUGGUGAGGAGUUUUGCAUCCCCGUCUGCAAUUGGCUGCAACAGAACUUGUAAUGGGGGUUUAGUACUGCUGUAUGCUAGCUUCGGAUGCACGAACAGCAUUGCCGUGGUCAUCGUAAGUAGCAGUAGCAACGGACGCCGUACUGCAGUUAAAUGUGCAUUGAAGCAGGGGCAUGCUUUGAUUGCUUUCACUUUGUGACUGAAAGCACAGCUCUGUUGAGUAAAAGCAAAGGACUGGCAUGUAUGUCCAACUGUUUGCUUAAUUGUGUCUCCUUACUUGGCAAUAUUUGGACUGUAUGCUGUGCGAGCGCUCCUCGUGCACACGAGAUGUUGAGUAACACUUGCAGUAUAGAUUGAACUGUUAGGAUUGCGUGCAAAUUAAUGAUGCCGUCUUUGGUGGCAUGCCGGCAUAGCUGCUCGCCAGCACGCACGCACGGUAUUUAGGGUGCGUGUGGCGUUCGUUGAAUUUGGAAUUGGCGUACGCAGCAUCAUCACUGCAUCAUAUCCGUUCUGGUCGGAGUGACUGCUCCAUAUCUAUUAUGUUCAUGUUGUCAUGAUAGAACGUAUUCCAUGGCAUUUCUCGCCCUGCGUUAGGGCGCGUUCCACAAGUCCAUUUAGCUACCUGUAAAUAAUAAUUGUUCUCAA